AUGCAAGCGCAUCGCGAUUCGUUCAAUCGCGCUCGCGAUCUGGAACGGUGCGAUGGCGCGGCGGUGGAGGUGGUGUCUGACGGCGAUGAUAAUGAUGAUGACUCCGCCCGCGGCCUCACCGCGACACCGUCCGUGCAGCCGUCGGCAUUCAGCCCCCUCUGGUUUUCGCUCACGCCAGCCAUCAUGCAUGUGCACUCACGUUUCACGUAUUAUGUCCGAUCAGUUCCGAUUCGUCGCGAUCGACGUGAUGGCGCGGCUGCAAACGCAGGCUUCAUGUUCGACGAGAACAGUAAUACCGCCGCCGGAGCUGCUCCAAACUCAGCUAUUGUCACGCAAUUGCUCAACGUCAAGGAUAGCCGCUGGCUUCAGGUGGAAGUAUGUCGCGAGUUUCAACGUGGACAAUGUGCAAGAAGCGAUUUGGAGUGUAAAUUCGCUCAUCCACCUCCACAUGUUGAUGUACAGCAAGGUCGUGUAACGGCAUGUUAUGACAGCAUAAAGGGUCGAUGUACGCGGGAGAAUCCGAAGUGCAAGUAUUUGCAUCCCCCACAACACAUUAAGGAUCAGCUGCUCAUCAAUGGCAGGAAUAAUUUGGCUCUGAAAAAUCUCAUAUCAGCUCAGUUAAAUCAGACAGCUACGGGACAACCCAUAGCGGUGAACCCAAUUGCUCAAAUCAUGCAGCAACAACAGGCGGUAGCCGCCGCCAAUAUGAUGCCCACUCUACCUUUCCCCUACUAUCAGGGCCUGGUUUACUCUCCAGUCCUGCAAGCCGAUCCCUAUCAGGCUGCUGUCUCGCAGCAACUGCAGGCGGCUGCGCUGCUGCACGGGGGUGGCGGCGGCCUGCUUGCAGCUCCUGCGCAGCUCGCGCAAGCCGCUGCCGCUGGCGUCGCACUGGCUGCUGCUCCGUCGGCCGCCGCUCUCCAGCUACCGCUCGCCGUUUCCGCUGCCACCGCUGCCAGCCGCAAGAGGCCUCUGGAUGAAGAAUCGCUAGCCGCCGAUCAGCAGCAGGCGCACUUCCUCAAUCUGGCUGCUGCCGUUUCCGCUGCGGCCGGUGUCCCCUGCAAGCGUCCAGCAGUGGACAAGAACGGAGCGGUUGUGUACUCAGCGAAUCCACAACCAGCUCAACAGUUCAAUCCCUACGUGCUACCGGGUCUUCAGGGUUAUGUACCCGCCGUGUCAUCAAAUGAACGAGCUCCAUACCAGCAUGCACAUGAGCUCCGUCAUGAGGUCCUGUGGUUUUUCGAACUCAUUGCGUUUACCGUACUCGCGCAUCGAAUCGAGGCGAGUGCUGCUGUGCGUCUUUCCUGCAACUGCACAUAA